AUGGAACUUCAAGCCAGACCGAAGCGGCGCUGGAAGAGCCAAGCGGCCCAAGACGAGAUCUCUGCCCCGAUGGAUCUGGGUGGCUAUGCCAGCCAUGACCCUCAAGGUGAAGCUCCGGACUCUGUCAAAGAGUCGCUUCAGAGCACGAGCACCAGGUCAGUCUGUGUCAUCGGAGGGGGACCAAGUGGCUUGGGUUGUUGUCGAAGGCUGUGCGAUGCCGGCCUGCAGGUUACCUUGGUCCAGGAAAGCCGUGGUCUUGGCGGCAAGCUGUGCACCAAAUUUGUAAAUGGUAAGGAUGAUCCAACCCUUCACUUUGACAUGGGCGUGCAGCUGCUGCGGCCGGCCGGGCCAUUGGCAGACGACUUGGAAGGCGUCGUGCAGCCCUGGCCGCAGCCAGGACGCUUUAAACGCAUCCUUUGCAAGGGUGAUUGGACCCGGUGGAAUAUCACAUCCUCCAGUGAUGUCUCCGUCGAUGGGCUUGUUGUUGGGGUUCCAUCAAUGUCUGCCAUAGGGCGUGCUUUGGCCGACAAGUGCUGCAAUCUCGAGAUCCAUGUUGAUCGAACAGCUCAUGUAAUUGGACGCUCGCCCAAAACGGGCCGUUGGGGUGUCGAGUGGAGCCGCGCAGAAGCUAACGCUGGGCAACUGCGAUAUCGCCCCGAGCUAGCCCAGGGUGCCACAGAGGCCGUGUCGAGAAGCUUUGAUGCGGUAGUGCUGGCAUUCGAGGCCAACAAGAUCCUGCAAGGCUGCAAGUCUGGAUACAAGCAAGUUGCUCCGUCUGUGACGCCAACGCUGCGCAAGCAGCUGUCAGGCCGCACAAAGACAUCGCAGCUCUGGAACCUAAUGGUCGCCUUUGAUCGUGAGCUGCCGAUGCCCUGGGAUGCCGCAACAGUUGAGGGACAUGGUUCGCUGGCUUGGGUUGCUGUCAACAGCUCCAAGCCUGAACGGGCCCGUGUUCCACAAUGCUUCAUGAUAUUUUCCACGAACUCUUGGGCUGCAUGGAAACAGUGGUCCAAGAAGGAGGUCGAGCGUGUGCUGCUCCACGACUUCCUUUCUUUUCUGGAACAGGUCUUGGGGUUCUGGCCCCCGGAACCGUCCUUCGUGCUGAGUGGACGCUGGGGCAACAACACCGAGGCAGUGCUUGGUGGAGCACGGCCGUCGGGUGAGUUCCCGGUCCGGGCGUUGGGCUACAGCGGCACCGGAGAUAGCGGCGGCUUGUCGCCACCUCUUUGGGAUGGCGAUGUUGGCAUGGGGGCGACAGGAGACUGGGCCCGUGGUUUCUCCGUCAGCGACGCUUACAGUGCUGGUCAAGACCUUGCUGAGACCAUGCUAAAAGCGGGGACGGAUCGACUUUUCGGUGGUUAA